CUAUAGCUCCAUUCCAUCCAACCCGGAUUCCAAUUCCAACUCGAUCGAUCGAUCCAAUUCCAAUCGAGGAGAAUGUCUGCUGUGUGUAUCAGCGACGCGACCUCUUGCAUCGACGCCGAUGCCGCCAGGCGCCUCAACGUCGGCGCCCUCUUCGCGAUCCUCAUCACUUCCAUCCUGGGCGUCGCCGUGCCGCUGCUCGUCAAGGGAUUCACGCAAGGCAGGCUCUUCUUCGCGGGUCGAUGCUUCUCCGCCGGGAUCAUCCUCGCCACGGGCUUCGUGCACUUGCUGCCCGAGUCGUUUGACACGCUCGGCAGCGAUUGCCUGCCCGAGAUGCCGUGGGGGAAGUUCCCAUUCGCGGGACUCAUCGCCAUGCUCGCCGUCAUCUUCACGCUGUGCAUGGACACCAUGGGCAUGACGUACUACACUCGUCUCAAUGCGGGGAUGGACAAGGAUCAAAAGAAUGAUCUGGAGCUUGCAACCACAGCUAGCAAUAAUGGCAAUGCGGUUGUAGAACCUCGUGGCCAUGGCGGGCACUCGCAUACUCUCGAUAUUGGCGUGAGCGCGGAAGCUCGCAACAAAGUUAUAGCUCAGGUGUUGGAGCUUGGAAUCAUCACUCACUCGGUUGUGAUUGGUAUUGGCAUGGGUGUUUUGAAGAGCCCUUGCACAAUCAGGCCCCUUAUCGCGGCACUGUGCUUCCACCAGUUCUUCGAGGGGAUGGCACUCGGUGGAUGCAUUUGCCUGGGCGAUUUCACGAUCAAAACUCAAGCGAUCAUGGCUUUCUUCUUCAGCUUUACAACGCCCGCUGGGAUGGCGAUCGGGCUUGGAAUCGCUUCCACGUACAAUGAGUUCGAUCACAAGGCGCUGCUUAUACAAGGCUUCUUCAACUCCACGUCCUCGGGGAUUUUGGUUUACAUGGCUCUCGUGGACUUGAUCGCUACUGAUUUCCUGAGCAAGGAGUUCUUCACCAGCAUUCCACGCCAAGUUGUGGGCUACUCGUCACUUCUCCUCGGAGCAAUCCUCAUGUCGAUUAUUGGAAUAUGGGCGUAAAGAUUGCAACUAAUGGCAGAUAUUCCAACAAAGCACAAUAGCUCUUUCACACAUUAAAUUUGUAUGUACUUGUCCAAACUGUUAAAUUUGGGCAUUAGCGUUUCAAUAAUUUUUCUAUUCUUUUGGCUUUA